AUGUCGCAUAAACAAUGUGCAUCACGCGGCCGGCAAGUGGAGCUGGAGGAGCGGGGGCAGUGGGGCAGUAAGGUGGAGUUCCUCCUGGCUGUGGCGGGGAACGUUGUCGGUCUGGGCAACGUGUGGAGGUUCCCCUACCUCUGCUACAAGAACGGAGGAGGUGCAUUCCUAGUGCCUUACCUGCUGCUGGUGGUGACCUGCGGGGUUCCCCUGUUUCUGCUAGAGACAACCAUAGGCCAGUACACCCAGGAGGGGGGUGUCACCUGCUGGAGGAGACUGUGCCCCAUAGCAGAAGGUAUCGGCUAUGGUGGCCAGCUGAUCCUCAUCUACAGCUGUAUGACCUACAUCAUCAUUCUGGCCUGGGCGUUGCUCUACCUGGUGUUCUCCUUCAGCUCUCAGCUGCCGUGGUCCAGCUGCAACAACGCCUGGAACACAGACACCUGUGUAGACCUUUCAUCAACAAAUACAACCUCUGAAAGGGCCAAUCAAACUACCCCAACCUCUGCUGCAACGGAAUUCUGGGAACGACGAGUGCUCACUAUUUCGGGGGGCAUCGAGGAGGUCGGCAGCGUGAGGUGGGAGGUGCUGCUGUGCCUCAUUGCCAUGUGGGUCAUCUGCUACUUUUGUAUUUGGAAAGGGGUCAAAUCCACAGGAAAGGUGGUUUAUUUCACUGCUACCUUCCCCUACGCCAUGUUGGUCGUUCUGCUGAUCCGUGGCCUCUCGCUUCCUGGUGCCCUUCAAGGAGUGGUGUUCUACCUCCUGCCCCAGCCCUCUCGACUCGCGGACCCUCAGGUGUGGAUGGACGCUGGAGCUCAGGUCUUCUUCUCCUACAGCGUGGGCGUGGGCUCGCUGACGGUUCUAGGCAGCUACAACAAGUACAACAACAACUGCUACAGGGACACUGUGUGGCUGUGCCUGUUGAACAGCGGCACCAGUGUGGUGGCUGGCUUUGCAGUCUUUUCCGUGCUGGGUUUCAUGGCUCAUGUUCAGGGUGUUCCCAUUGCAGAAGUGGCGGAGUCAGGUCCAGGCCUGGCGUUCGUGGCAUAUCCUCAGGCUGCGGCUAUGAUGCCUCUGCCCCAACUGUGGUCCGUCUGUUUCUUUGUCAUGCUCAUUCUCCUGGGUCUGGACACACAAUUUGUGGCCAUGGAGGUGGUGAUGACGUCCACCAUAGACAUGUUUCCUGCGGUACUGCGCAGGCCAGGCCGGCGGGAACGGUUCCUCCUCGCCUUCUGUCUCAUAUGCUUCUUGGCUCAGCUUGUCAUGAUCACUGAGGGGGGGAUGUACGUGUUCCAGAUGUUCGACUACUAUGCUUGCAAUGGGGCCUGCAUCCUGUUCCUCAGUGUGUUUGAGAGCCUGGCUUUGGCCUGGCUCUUCGGGACAGAGCGGUUGUAUGACAUCAUUAAAGACAUGACCGGUGUUUAUGCCAACCCGUUCUUCAAAAUCUGCUGGCGCUACCUCACUCCUCUGGUCUCACUGAGCACCUUUAUCUGCUCCUUAGUUAAAUACCGACCUCUGACGUUUAAUCGGUGGUACGUGUAUCCAGACUGGGCCUAUGGGUUGGGCUGGGUGCUGGCUUUGUCCUCCAUCCUGCUCGUGCCUGGAUCAGCACUAUAUAAGCUGGGAGCUGGAAGUGGGACCCUGAGUCAGCGUUUCCGACAUUUGUGUCGAGCCGUUCCUCACUGUUCACUGCCGGACAAGAGAAAAACCGAGCUGCUGUGCAUCGACCAGGACGAUCUGCAACAAUUCAGUAGCAGCUGAUGUGAAAAAUCAAGGCUCCAUGACACUAAAUUGGCAGAUGAUCUUGUAUCUUUAACACACGUCCAGAAAUCUAUAAAAAUCUAUUUUCAAUAUAUAUUUAGAGAAGACUCAUGUAUUCAUCAAAUCCUAAAAGUCUUGCUUUUCAGUGGGUCUGCCAGACCUCAGAUUUAUACAGUCAUAAUAGAAUAAGGUUUGUUAUUCAUAUUACUUUAUUUUUCACUUUAAUACAUUAGAAUGAUAAAAAUAGACCUUUUACAUUAAUGUGUGCUGUGCAGUCUCUCACAUGAACCAGCACAAAUGGAAGAAAAAAAAAAAAGAAAUCACAUCCAUAUCAGCUCCUACACACUUUCCAGCCGCUCUUGGGCCUAAAAACAGAUUCUUCAACAGUUUCUCCCACACAAACAAUCAGUUAUGCAUGUUGUGAUGAUGUAAUGAUUUUUUUUCAGAAGCAAGUUGGUGCAAAAUGUAGAAGAAAAUUAAAACUGCAAGAGUGACACUUGAUUCUUUCUCCAAGUGAAAAUUGAUUGGUUGUAAGAAAAUAUGAAUGUUGAACUGAACAGAAUAUAUUAAAGAUGCUCUGAUAUAGUCACACACCCAGUAAGUAAACAAUGUGAGAUGUAUCUGUAUAAACUGUAAGAUAUUGAGUGGAGGAGAGAGAAUUGUCUUUACUGACAAGUGCUGGAAGUGAUGUGAGUGUUGCUUGGUAAUAUUAACCAUGUUCCACUGUUCUGAAGGCACUGAUUUCACCUCAUCAGCACUUCAAAAACAAGAAACAUCCUCAACAUUCAUUUACCGCAAGAUGAGUCUGUUCUGAUGAGAAACAACCAACUAACUGAUUUGUCCUGCAGUUGCCAUCGAGGCAUCAGGUACCAUCUGUGUAGAAACCAGUUU